AAACACACAAUGAUACAGUACACUCUAAUGUAAACAAAAACCCCAAUGUACAAAUUAUUAAGCAGUCAACAUUUAGACUCAGGUCUUGAACCAUACAGUGAAGCAGAAUGGGUUUCCCACGGAUCUUGUUAAUAUGUGGAUUGGUGUACUCGGCUCAUGCUGGAAUCUUUAAAGAUGCUCAAAAAUUCGGCGAAGAUUUUAUUAAGGUUGAAAAAGACUUCUUCCAUGAUAUCGGAAAGGCAACCGGCCUCGAUAAGAUUGGUAGUGGAGGUGGGUUGGGAGGCCUAGGAGGUGGGUUUGACAAGCUCAAGAAGUUAACCAAGGGAAGUGACGAGGAUUGUAAAGUUAUCUGGGAAGAGCAUCAACAACCUCAUUGCUCUACAGAAUACGAGAAGAUCUGUCAUGAUGAACCUAAGGAGCAGUGUACUACUGAGUACAAUAAACAGUGCAGUACAGAAUACCAGAAUAAGUGUAACACUGAGUACUCAACUUCAUGUGUACAGGAAUCCAAGCAAGAAUGCAGACAGUGGGAGGAGGAUGAAUGUACGUCUGUGAGUGAACGACAGUGUAAGACCGAGUACAGUAAAGAAUGUACCCAGGUCUCUGAAAGACAAUGUUCUACAGAGUACAAAAAGGAAUGCUGGACUGAGAAUGAGAAAAAAUGCUGGACUGAACAGGAUAAGCAAUGUUGGGAUGAGCCUACCCAAGAGUGCAAGACUGAAUAUGAUCAGCAGUGCUGGACUGAAGAUAAACAAGAAUGUUCCUCUCAUCCACAGUGUGCACAGAUCUGGGAACAGAAGUGCAGUACAGCAUACAGAACUGUUUGCGAGGAUGAACAAGAAGGUGGAAAGAAAGGAAAGCGAGGAAAGAGAUCUUCUGGUUUGGCUGCUCUUGCUGGUUUAGCUCCCCUUGGCCUUCCCCUUGGAUUACCUUUAGCUGCUCCCUUACUGCUCCCUGCCUUGGCUGCUCCUCUGCUCAUUGUGAAGAAGAAGAAAUUGGGUCUGCUUGGUCUUCUUGGUCUCCUUGGUCUGAAGAAGCAUAAGGGAGGUGGUCAAGAAGAGGAAUGCUAUCAGGUUCCUGAAACUCACUGCACCUCUAUCCCCCACACCUCCAGCUAUUCCCAACACACUUCUUCCUACUCCAGCUCGUCAGCUAGGUAUAAGAGAGAUACUUCUGGAUAUGGAAGUCAGAAUUGUAUCACUAAAUACAAAACAGUUUGUCCCAGUAGCUUCACCUCCGCAUCAGGAUCCAAGAAAUACAAGCGUAGCAUCGGUAGUGGACUUGCAGGUCUGGCUGGUCUUGCUCCUUUUGGUCUUCCUCUACUAGCUCCCCCACUUUUAGCUCCCCUAGCUCUUGGUAAACUGGCUCUUAUUAAGAAGAAGAAACUUGGUCUCUUAGGUCUUCUUGGUCUUAUUGGUCUGAAGAAGCACAAGGGUGGCAAUGAACAAGAGUGCUGGCAGGUACCAGAAAGCCACUGUGCCAAGGUUCCCAUUGAGAAGUGCCAUGAUGUGCAAAAGUGCUGGACUGUUCCGUCUAAGCAGUGUAAGAAUGUUCCAAGGCAAGAAUGCUGGACUGUUAACAAACAGCAAUGUAAGAAUGUGCCAAGACAAGAGUGCAAGGAUGUGCCUAGAGAACAAUGCAAACAGGUUCCUCAGGAGAAAUGCUGGGAUGAGCCCCGUGAGACAUGUCGCCAGGUUCCUCAGGAAUCCUGCUGGGAUGAACCAAGGCAAACUUGUAGAAAGGUUCCUAGGCAGGAGUGUACUCAGAUUCCACACCAGAAAUGUACUCAGGUUCCUAAUGAAGUGUGCACACAGGUGCCCCAUGAGAAAUGUUGGGAUGAGCCCCAUCAGAAGUGUUGGACUGAAUCCCACCAGAAGUGUUGGAAUGAGCCAAAACAAAACUGCGGAUAUGUUAACGUUAAGGUUGCGAGACGAGUCUGCCACUGAUUUUAUCUACGGAUCUUAAUUUAAUUUUUAGAUAAUUAUGUAUUAAUAUUCUAUGAAUAAACGACUUUAUUAUUAC